GUCGCGGCAUAAUGACGCCAUCGCUGUGAAAGCCGGGCCGGAAGUGGGGUUGACUCCAGACUGAUGUGUCUGUGAAGGCCGCUUCUCGUUACCUGCUCCCCUUGGGCCGAAUCUGCCGCCAUCGGGGCCCGCUUAGGGCGUACAGAAUUAUAGAAGAUGGCAAGGUUCAUAACACCUGUUAUCCAGGACAAUCCCUCAGGCUGGGGUCCAUGUGCUGUUCCUGAGCAGUUCAAAGAUAUGCCUUAUCAGCCCUUCAGCAAAGGAGAUCGGCUUGGCAAGGUUGCAGACUGGACAGGAGCUACUUACCAGGAUAAGCGAUACACAAAUAAAUAUUCAUCCCAGUUUGGUGGAGGAAGCCAAUAUGCAUAUUUCCAUGAGGAAGAUGAGGCCAGUUUCCAGCUGGUAGACACAGCACGUACACAAAAGACUGCGUACCAGAGAAAUCGCAUGAGGUUUGCCCAGAGGAACCUUCGGAGGGACAAGGACCGUCGAAAUAUCCUUCAGUUCAACAUGCAGACGCUGCCUAAAAGUGCCAAGCAGAAGGAGAGGGAUAGACUGCGCCUGCAAAAGAAGUUUCAAAAGCAAUUUGGAGUAAGACAAAAAUGGGAUCAAAAAUCUCAGAAGCCUCGUGACUCCUCUGUGGAAGUUCGCAGUGACUGGGAGGUGAAGGAAGAGAUGGAUUUUCCUAGGCUGAUGAAGAUGAGAUAUCUGGAGGUGUCAGAACCUCAAGACAUAGAGUGCUGUGGGGCCCUGGAAUACUAUGAUAAAGCCUUUGACCGCAUCACCACAAGAAAUGAAAAGUCCCUUCGUAGUAUCAAACGUAUCUUCCAUACCGUAACUACCACUGAUGAUCCAGUAAUUCGUAAGCUGGCGAAGACUCAAGGGAAUGUAUUUGCUACAGAUGCGAUCCUAGCUACUCUCAUGUCUUGCACCCGUUCUGUUUAUUCCUGGGAUAUCAUUGUCCAAAGAGUUGGAUCCAAGCUCUUCUUUGACAAAAGGGACAACUCUGACUUCGAUCUCCUGACAGUGAGUGAGACUGCAAAUGAACCACCGCAGGAUGAGGGCAAUUCCUUCAAUUCACCCCGCAACCUUGCUAUGGAAGCCACCUACAUCAACCACAACUUCUCUCAGCAGUGCCUGAGAAUGGGAAAAGAAAAAUACACAUUUCCCAAUCCAAAUCCAUUUGUGGAAGAUGAUAUGGAUAAGAAUGAGGUGGCUUCUGUUGCUUACCGAUACCGAAGGUGGAAACUUGGUGAUGACAUAGACCUGAUAGUACGCUGUGAACAUGAUGGAGUAAUGACUGGAGCCAAUGGAGAAGUAUCUUUUAUCAACAUUAAAACACUGAAUGAAUGGGAUUCAAGGCAUUGUAAUGGCGUAGACUGGCGUCAAAAACUGGACUCCCAGAGAGGUGCUGUGAUUGCCACCGAACUGAAAAACAACAGCUACAAACUUGCCCGUUGGACAUGUUGUGCACUGCUUGCUGGAUCAGAAUAUCUUAAGCUGGGGUAUGUGUCCCGAUACCAUGUGAAAGACUCUUCACGCCAUGUGAUUCUGGGCACACAGCAGUUUAAACCCAAUGAAUUUGCCAGCCAAAUUAAUUUAAGCAUGGAGAAUGCCUGGGGUAUCCUGCGAUGUGUAAUUGACAUCUGCAUGAAACUGGAUGAGGGCAAGUACCUCAUCUUGAAAGAUCCCAACAAGCAGGUCAUCCGUGUUUACAGCCUGCCCGAUGGCACUUUCAGCUCUGAUGAAGAUGAGGAUGAGGAGGAGGAGGAGGAGGAGGAGGAAGAGGAAGAGAGCUGAACAUUUCAGCCAAAAGCAGCAGCAACUCUUUGAAGGCACGUUCAAGUUUUGUAUUCUUCAUGACGGAUCAAAGCUGAAUCUGCACUUCAUUUGCUUAGACCCUAAGGAAUUAAAAUAAAAUCUUGAUGAGA